UGAACUGCUCUCCUAACGAAGGUUAGCCAUCUGAAGUAUGGUCUUAGAGUUCCUUCCUGCUGAAAUAAUGGGGUGAAAUCGAAGAGUUGUCUGUAUUUUUAAGACUUCUGACCAUGGAUUCAGGUUGGGCCCAGUUUCGAGUAAUUUAUUCUUAUCAGCCUCGCGAUGAGCGAGACAUAGCCAUCAGAGAGGGUGAUAUUAUGGUAGUCGCAAAGCCUGUGUCCGACCCAACUGGCUGGCUUACUGGCGAAAACACACGCACUAAAGAAGUUGGUGAGUUCCCUGCUACGUAUGUGGAAUAUAUCGGCGACGUUGAAGAACUUCCUCAGGAGGAGAAGCCUCCAACACCACCUCCAAGACCACCGCGACCUGCACGACGGAACGCGGGAGGAAAUAACAGUACACGCUCUGAUUCAAACGGUUAGUCAGGAACUUGUUUUUGUAUUUAUUUCAACAGUGUUUUACUAUUUCGUUUUCAUUAUAGUAGCUUAAAUCAUAGUGGUGUUCGUAACCCCACUCGAUAAGAAAUUGGUGCUUUUUUUCAGCUCUGAAUUGCAUCUUAGCUGGACGAUAACUGUUAGGCAUCAUUGCAAAUCAAAGCUUCCUUACAAAGUGAUCUUUUUCGCGGAUAUCGAGGAGAUGUAUUAAUUUAUUUUACUGUUAUUUCGGCUUUCCCUAUAUAUAAUGACGUUGCAUCAAUUAGGGGUGAACUUAUCGGUUUUUAAUACAAAAUGAUGGUAGAUAAUUUACGUUAAUAUUUCAUAAAACUUACAAUAAAUGUUUGUUUAUGUAUCAUAAUUCAUUUGCCGAUUUCCUUGUUUUGAGCAGAAAGUAUGCAUGCUCCAAAAUAUAUAAAUACCUGAAGCUGGUAGUUCCCGGAAACUCUUUGUAAGGACCAGGCACUAGAAGUCAACUUAUCACCGGUUUGAAAUGCAGCUCUGAGCCACUCUGUUGCAUUUUAUCUAAAUUUCUUAGCCUUUCUGGCCUCUUGUUUCUCAUGAGAAUGGUUUUUUCAUAAGUAACCAAAAAAAAAAAGUUGAAAAAACCAUUGCUGUACCUUACAGAUCAAACUGGUGACCAUUCACUGACUGAGACGUCUGCUUUGAAACCUGUGUGGUGUUGUCAAUGUGAGUAGCAUACAUGUUAAGAGUCAAAUCCACAACGAAAAUAUCAAUUUUCAGGUGGAAUAAAUUCCAAGGGGAUUUUUUUGGAAUAAGAUUGUUAAUCUCUUUUGUUAAACGAUAGCUUAGUGCAAAUAUGGUUUGUGAAUAGUUAAUUUGUAAACAACAACAUUAAGUGUACUUUUAGCAACAAUGGUCUUGAUUUUGUCGAAUGUAAUAGUCAUUCAACUUGAAAUGUUUUCUAAUGUACACAUGUAUGUAAAAUUUAGGGUUUGUAUAUAAAGACAAGGAGCUUUUUGCAUGGUACUUCAACCCUUAUUUGAUUAAAUUGACCAGGAAAAAACGGAAGCAAAUUGUAAUUUAAUUCAACAAGCCCCAGCUUUGGGAAACUAGUUUAUUCAUUCUUUACUAUUGACCAUUUCCAAAUUAAUUUUUUUUAUUGCAUUUUAAUUUUCAGGUGAAGACUUCAUUUGGGGAGCCGGAAGUCAAUUAUACAGAUGUGCAAGUAUGUAAUAGUUAUUAAAAUCCAAAUGAAAUAUUUGAGUAUUUAUUUCUUACGAUUUGUUUGUUACAAUUAUGUGCACUUGACUAAGUAAAAUACCAUAACCUAAUUAAGAAAAGAGAAAUGAAAAGGAGUUGAAGAACCAAUAUGCAGAACACCCACUUAACUGAGCGUAGAGCGUAACAUACUGUUAGGAAUAACUUGAUCAGUUGUUAAAAAAAGAAAGUUUCAAUACCUAGUAUGAAAAAUGGUCAACUAUGUUACUAUGAAUUUUUUAUAAUUGGACCAAUUUGGUUGAUAUUUGAAGAAGCUCCUUGAGAAGCUAUACUCAGAAUUUGAAAUACUAGAUACUGAUCUAACUGAAUAUGAAAGCGAAUUCCAUCUAUUAACAAUGCAAUUAAAAAUACUUAACUUAAAAGUGUUAAUUUAAACAUACUAUCUCUUUACUAAUACUAAGUUUAUCUCUCUCUUAUUCUCCCUCCUCUUCUCUCAGUGGGUACUUAGCAGUAUUGGAAUAUAAUUGAGUAGCUUAAGAAAUGUUAAUAUUGAUAUUGCAAUUCAAAACUUAAUGUUACUAGUAAUGUUCUAAUGUUGUAUUGUUUGUAGUAUGUGAUUUAGCUUGGCAUCCCCAAUGUGCAGUGGAAUUAUCUAAGUUUCCUUGUAAGAUUCUCAAAAAAGACUCAGAAGAAGCAGAAGAAGAUUAUAUCAGAUUUGUUGCUGUAAGUACAUUCUAUGUAAAAGUUUUAAUGCUACUUUUUGCUGAGCUUUAUCUUACAUGUUUAGAUAUUGCAAUGAUUUCUCUAACAAAAGUUUGCAAAUCAGUUACAACUAGUUGGUCACACUCAGUAUGGCCUAAAAAUCCUAUCAAGUUGGGGAAAUACUAAGCUGUUACAUUCUCUGUCAAUGAACACAACUCAGUUUCAAAGCAGAUUACUGGUUAAUUUCAAUAUAGAACUCAAUAUGGCAUAAUCAUCUAUUCUUCUUUGCAAAGUAAUCAAAACUUUCUGUAAGAAAGACAUUUUUUUACAUUUAAAUAUUUUUAUAUUGAAUAUUUUGUCAAUUUUGAAACAUGUUCUGGAAAAUUGCAAAGUUAACUAAUUUUAAGCCAGUUAAGCUGCUGUUUUUUCAUUUCUGAUGUAAUUGGCAAUGAGACUCAACUGAGUUCUUUUCAAUUCUCUGGUUUGAAUUAAUAAUGUUUCUAUGAAAGAUUUUCACACAAAAAGAAGAAAAGAAGAAAGGAAGAAUAAUAAUAUUGUAGCAUAAUCACCUUUAUCUUAUUCUAGAACCCAGAUGAAUGGGAUGUUAAUGAUGUUUUGGUGUGGCUUGCUGCAACCAAUCAUUUCCUCUAUGCUGAGGUUUUCAGAGAAAAUGAAAUAACAGGAACUAAACUGCGGCACUUGACGGACACGUCACUCAACCAGAUGAAUAUCUCAGAUAACUUUCAUAAGCAAUCUAUACUGCUUGCUAUCCAAGAAUUGUUCACUGGAGAAUCAGAGACUGUGAGUGUUAACUGAGCAAUUGUAUAUUACAAUGUACUUAUAGCACUGAGUACAUAUACAUCACAAGUGAUUUGAGCUUCUUGCCUGCUUGUUUAUCUCUUUCAGGCCAAAGAGGGGCAAACUUUCUUGCUGCUAUUAAAUUUGUUUUCUUUGGAAUGAAAUCAUUUCUGAAAGGAUGAAUGUACAAAUUCAAAAUGGCAAUAGAUUUGAACUGUGGAUUAUAAAUGAAUAUGAGAGUGAUCUUUGUGGUAUUGAAUAUUACUUAAUAGCAUAUCAUGGUGCAUAACAAAGUUAAUUAUUAAAUAAAUGAUAAAUAAUCAUCUCUUUACAAUCAAGUAAUAAAGUAAUAUGGUUAUUGUGACUACUCUAUCAUGUCAGUACUAACAAUAAUUUUUUUUCAUCGUUAACAGAAAAAAUCAGAAGUAUUUAGUGGUUUUCAGUCAGCCCAAAGAGGUCAGUUUAAUCCUAUCUUAAGUAAUUUGUCAUUCAUGUUUAGAUGGAGCAACUUUCAGUUGAAUGCAGACAGCAAUCUUCGAUUGCCUCAAUUUUCCUGUACUUUGCUCUCUGAUUGCUGGAGGAAACUUGCAACACCCGUUUAGUAAAUCAGAUGCAACAGUCCAUUUAUUUUUUGUCUUAUUAACAAAAUUAUCACAUUGGAAAGUUGAAUUUUUCAAAUGAUUGGGGUAAAAGAUGUCAAGAGCACUGAGCAUAAUGCAAAAUUCCCAGCUCAAAUGUUUUGUGAUGUCUUGAUGUUAGUAAUGAGAUUUGACUUGAAACAUGUUAGGAAAUACUUGUGAUAAUUACUCUUUUGUGUGAUGUUUGGUUCAAAAAUCUGAACAGAAGGUAAAGUUAACAUUUCUUUGUUGGCCAGUUCUUAGGUGUAACUAAACAAUAUUGCCUGGUUGAAUGAUAAUUUGUCCUAUUGUCGUAUAGCUUGAGUGUUAGUUAUUUGCUGUCAUAGUAAUUUAUCAAUCAGAUGGAUGCUGAUUUUGUUAGAAUGUUAUUUCAUGGAUAGGUACAAAGGGAAAUCAUCUCCCAAAAGAACAGAACUUCACAUCUCUGCAUUGGUGUGACAAGUGUGGCAAGUGUCUGUGGGGAUUGUUCAAACAAGGAGUUUUGUGCUCAGAGUGUGGCUUUCAAUGUCACAAGAAGUGUAUGUUUGAUAGUGGUGUAGAAUGUCCAAGGAGAAGGGUUAGAAUACGAAGAGAAAAUGAUGCUGAUGGUAAGAUAUAGAUACUUUUGUUUAUCAACUUACAUGUGAGGCUCUUUUAACCCUUUCACUCCCAUGAUCUAAUUAGUAAUUCUCCUUACUAUCUUCUAUGCAAUUCAUAUGAUGUUAGUUCAGAGAAUUUGGUAUUGGAUCAACUAAUAAUCCCAUAACUGAUAUUCUUCUCUAUUCUCAUCACCUACCUGCUUGAUAUUGUAGUCAUAUUGUAAGGAGAAACUCUGUCUUGGUCACUUGUGGGAGUGAAAGGAUUAACAGGGACUCCAUACAAAUUUUGUAAUUUGUAUUUAUAUUUUGUUCAUUCCUUUUUUGAGAGUUACAAGGAAUAUAAUCUACACUUUUCUAAUUUUUUACUUCUAGCAUCUACAAGGAGGGACUUAAUUUUUUACUUAAUUAGCUAGUAAUGUAUGAUAUUCAAGUAUGGAAAAAAUAUUUUUCAGUUUGCAGGACAUGUUUGGGCUUACUUAUAUCAUCUUCCAUUGUUUGAGCCAAGAGGUCCUACACUUUUUUGAUAGAUGAAGAGUGUAGAUAUCACAUUGAAAUAGUUAAAUCAAUAAAGCACCCCUGCUGUAUGUUACAGACUAGUUAGAAAUAUAUUACAUAUUUUUGAACUCAUUGUAAAUUUCAUUUUUAGUUUGCUGUUUGUGUUCUGUUUCCUGAUGCUAAUUUUUCAAUUGUUUUGUCUUUUUCAGCUCCUGUAUUUGGAGCAGAGCUGGGUGCACAGUUCCGACCAACUGAUAGACCAGCACCAAUUGUUGUCAUGAAAUGUGUUCAGGCCAUAGAAAGAGGAGACAGAAUAAGGAAAAUGGGAAUCUACAGUAUUGUGCCGUCAGGAAGUGAAAAGAAUGCUCUUAAGACUGCUUUGAAUCAAAGUGAGACCAUAUAAAAUGUUAAUUUUUUCAAUCUUUCUUACAGUGUAAAAGUUCAUGGUUUAUCCCUUUCACUUCCAAGAUCUCAUUAGUAAUUCUCCUUACUGUCUGACAUACAAUUCUUAUGAUUUUAGUUCUGAGAAUUUGGUGUUAUAAAUGUAGAUUAACUUAUGAUUCCCUAUUAAUAUUUUUCUUUAUUCUCAUCACAUGCCUACUUAAUAUUGUGUUGUUAUUGAAAGGAGAAAUUAUGUCUUGGUCACUGGCUUAAUUGAACAUCUUAUAGGAUGGCUAGAGUUUGUUUUGGCAUGUUUUUGUAAAGAUAAAUUUUUCUUAUUGAUUUCACAUUUAUUUGUGCUGCUCUGUGUGAUGUUAAGAAAGAGGGCAUUCAAUUUGUGGCCAUUGUGGUACAAAUUAAUUAUAAUAAUUGACUGUAAUAAACUUAACUCAUACCCAUAAAUUACCAUGCCGCAGGUGCCAAGGAUGUGAACAUGGAUGACGAAGAAUGGAGGAAUCCUCAUUGUGUUGCUACAGUUUUGAAAAUGUAUCUAAAUGAGCUUCCAGUGUGUGUGUUUACUGAGGAGAAAUAUCUAUCAUUUAUUAAAAUUUUUAGAGGUAAGUAAUUGCCAAGGAUGUACUUGUAGUCACUUUUGAAGUACUAAGAAAACUGAAACAUACAGUUACAACCUGACAAUUUUAGAGAGCUUUUACUUAUGACCUUAGCAAGAUCCCAAAUAUGAUUAAAAGACCUGUUCCUGGAAGUAGAGAAUAAAUUAUUGAGGUUACUCAGGGUCGUAGCCAGACUUCAGAACAAGACAAGGCAAGUUUUGAAUUCUGAAGGUGUGAGCUGCUGGGGGCAUGCCUCCCCAGAAAAAUUUGAAAUCUAGAUGCUCAAAAGGCUUUUUUAAGCAUUUCCUGUGGCAUUUUUCUUCAGAAAAGUAAAUCAGCCAAAAUCAAGACGAGGCAAUUGCUUCGUCUUGCCUCAUGCUAGCUACUGCCCUGGGUUACAAGCAUGAAUUUUCUGAAGUUUGCUCUGUCAGUGUGAGGUUAAAUCCAAAGUUAAUGGAAGAAAAAACAAUUUGCAACCCCCUUGACAAGAUCUGCACUUGUCUAUUUUGAUCAGCAAGAUAAUUUUUGUUGAGUUCACUACACUUUUAAUUGCAUGGUAUAUUCUCUGGUCUGUUUUUCUUUUAAGAUGAGAAUCGAGAUGCCCUUGGAAAACUCUUCAUGGACCUAAUUGAGAGUCUUCCUCCAGAAAACAAAUCUCUUCUCAUGUACUUAUUGAGACAUCUUUACAAGUAAGAAUGCUGCUGAACUUACUAAGUCUGCUUAAGAGCCAACUGCCCUACUCUGCCUAUGCCUUUUGCAGUUUCUGUAGCAUAAACUAACCAGGAAUAUUUUAAGUUAUCAUUUAUCAUCUCUUCCCCACCCCUCUCUAGAUGGCAUGCUAGUCCAUCAUAGUUUACCCUAAACACCACAGAUGUAUCUUUGGUGGUUCCCAGUUAUUCUCCUGAUUGGAGAGAGGCGCCAUGAGACUAAAGUGUCUUGCCCAAAAAAUGCAAUACAAUGACCUGACCAGAUCUCAAAUCAGUGUGAAAGGCAUGAACAACUAACCUACCACAUUACCCUUUUAUUACCCAUGAUUAUACAAAUAACUACUGGUUGAACCUCAUGUUAACUCCCUUUAACCCAUAGAUAACCCAAUCAGGUCUCUAAUGCAUUUGGUAUCUGAAGGGAUCCAGUUAUAAAAUAGUCCAUUUUACAGUUGUGUGCUUAGUUGCCAAGCCUUUGACUAAGAGUGAGGCAAGGGGUGGCCUUGUUAUGAUGCAAACCUUGCUGUUUUUCGAAUGUAAAUGACUUUUUAUCAUGCUAACUAGAUACUGGUCUCUAUGACAACAUGGUCAACUUCAGCCUCACUCCAAAUCAAAGGCUUGGCAACUAAGUACACAAUUGUAAAUGGCCUUUUGGAAGUAGUUGGUAUUCAAUGUGAGACUCUCUGUCUUCUAAAUGUUCCACACUUUUGACUUCAGUUAGCAAUUUUUCUUUCGCCCAAAACAUUUUUUGUUGGCUGUGAAGUACAUAAAAUUAGGUUUAUUUACCAGGUUUGGGGACCAAUGAGAAGUUGCUAAUUUUGUGUGUAGAUACACUUAAUUUUAGUUGAUAUGUAUGAGAUGUAAUAAGCAAUAAUUGUUGGAUGCAUGGUAUUGUCAUAUUGUGCAAGAACUGAAUUCAACAAUUUCAUUAUGCAUUGUUUUAAACAAUCUGCAAAAGAAGACACCUCUCUGGGUUUGUGAAAGUUUGAUAACACUACACAAACCAGGAGUUUGGAAACUAGGUGGACUUAGAGCUUGAUAUGAUAAAUACAAUAUCUGCUGAAAAUAUCGCAUUUAUCAUGUCAAUUCUCUCUACCAAUCAGAUUUUUCAUAGAAAGUCUAAAGUAUAAUAACAGUGAUAAUUAUCACAGCAGUCUUAAUUAGUCACACAAAUGAAUUAAUUGACUGUCCUUUUAGGGUUAGCCGAAGUGUAGAGUGGAAUGACAUGUCAUCAAGAAAGCUUUCAUCAUUAUUUGCUCCUAUUUUGUUGAGGCCAAACCCACAGCAUAUUACGUAAGUUGUAUUGAUUAUGAUUGUGCCAAAGCCAACACUCGGAAAUGUUAUGACAUCUUUUUAACCUUGUGGGUUUUUAAAUGUCUGACAAGAAAUGUUUUUAUGAGAAGACACAACCACUUGGUCACAAUUUAAGCCUGACAAGCAAAAAAGUGAACAACUUUAAUCCUUUAACUCCCAUGAGUGAUCAAGAGAGAAUUUUUCCCUACAAUAUCAAUACAAGAUCAAGAAGACAAGUGAUGAGAGUAAAGAAAAAUCUUAAUUAGAGGAUUAUAAGUUGAUCCAAUACCAAAUUCUCCAAAGUAACAUCAGAAUAACUAUAUGGUAGACAUUAAGGAGAAUUACAAAUGAGAUCUUGGGAGUUAAAGGGUUAAGAGUUUAUAGUAAAAAAGCAGUCCAUUGCUGAAAUUUGCAACACAAUACAAUACUGCAAUGUUUCUUGUAGAUGUUGAUAAACUGAAAAAAAUGAACAAAAUGUUUAUAUGGGUUCAAUAUGCUGGAAUUUCAUACAAAUGACAAAUAUACUCUCUGUGUAGAUUUAAAGUGAUUAUUAUUUGACAUUUCAUAAAAUUCCAAUAAAUUUUUAAUGAAUGGCUCUCAUGAUAUAAAUGUUGGUUACACAGGGCAAUGGUUGCAAACCAUGAUACAGCAGUAAGCAUUAUUGACUUCCUUAUUAGCAAUGGAGAAUGGACAAAGGAAAAUACACCACCAGGUACAUGAAAAUGAUUAUUAUUGGCAUUUAAUCUUUGUGAUACUUUAAAUCAUGAAAUGAACCCCUCCCAUCAAAUGAGUGGUCCUGUCAAGUCAAAACCUGUCCCACUGAUCAGGAUUUAAAGUUAGCACCCCCUCCCCCUCCUCCCUAGGGGAAGAGUGCCUCUUCCUUUCCUUUGAUCUAUGUACAGUACCAAGUCAAUAAAAGUUAUUUAUAGUAAUUAUUAGUGUUUUAUCACACUUGUCUGGCCUUCCACUUUUUGGAGAUAGUGAUAGUGUUAAACAUGGGAAAAUUAAAGGUUAUUAGGGCUGUGUCAUUAUUAUCAUGAACAGUUUUGGAUCCUCCUCGUUGUCCAUGUUAUCAGUGACAAACAAUUAUUAUAUUACUUUAUGUCAUCAAUCUUGCAAUUUUUUGUUUCCAGUGCCACCUAGACCACCCAGACCAUCGUCGCUGACAACUCCUACUCACAGCUCAGAAGAAAAACUUCAGGACUGUCCCUGGUACUGGGGACACACAGACAGGUGAGAUUUUCAAUUUUCCUCAUUGAUGUUAACAAUUUGUUCAGUGAGGUCUACAAGGUAAUUGUGUUGUAUUUCUUUGAAUUCAGGGAAACUGUCAGUGAAAGGUUAAAAGACCAAGAAGAUGGAACAUUUAUUGUCCGUGACUCGCGGCGGGCUCCUGGGGAAUAUACCUUGACGCUCAGGUACGUUUUUAAUUAGUAAAUUAUUUCUAUUGACACCAUUUUGCAAUCCCAUUGUACUAUUAAUUCAAAAAGGAUUAAUUUUCAUAUCGCUGUGUUGGCUAAUAAAAGUUUCUGGGCAUGUGAUUUAUGUUAUAUAUUGAUUUCAGUAUGGUUGAUUUAGCGAGAGGUCUGACGAUUGAAUUUUGCUCAAUUUGAAUAUAGUUCCCUCCAUUUACAAUACUCUUGAUAUCGUACUGAUAGUGUAAGGAGAAAUUCUGUCUAGGUCACUAGUGGGGCUUAAAGGGUUAGGGGUUAAGAGUUAAGAUCUCUUAUCACCUCAGGAGUGAAUCUACGGAUAGUGGUUAACCGCCUUGUUUUUUUUUCUAAUUUUAGGAAAGGAGGAAUGAACAAACUGAUUCGUAUCCUGUUUAAAGAUGGCUUUUAUGGCUUCUCAGAGCCGCUUACAUUUUCGUCUGUGGUUGAACUCAUCAAUUAUUACAAGACAAGAUCAUUGGCUUCUUACAAUCCGAAACUCGAUAUCAAACUCGAAACACCUCUCCAGAAAUACGAGCAGGUACAUGUAACUCAGGGUUAACUGUGGUUAAUUUAAUGUUCUUUACCUUUUUUGAAGAGAUGUUCUCUACAAAUGAAAAUGCACGAAUGGAGAAAACGCGUGUAGUGAAAAUCAGUCAUGCUCCUUGAUCUCAUAGGGACUUCUAGUAUACUAAUCUGUUUGAAAUUUGCUGUGACUAUGCUUUUCGCCCAUUCGCUGGAUUGUCUAUUGGUGUCACUUUUCAUCGAAGUUUGUCAUUUGCGGAGAAGCAAGCGAGUCUGUCGGUCAAAACGCCCACUGUACUCUUCCAGCAAGUGAUCAACGCUUACAAACUUUUUCUUUGUUAACUGUUGAGAAAAGAAUAACAGAUUCCAAAUUAACCCACUUUUCCAUUAAACAAUUUGCAUACGAUAAUUUUUAUGGACGUUUUCAAAAUUGUUUGGCGAAUUUCGUACUUACGAACCGGCGCUCUGACAAAAUCAUCUGCCUUUUUUUGUGCAUUGAAAACAGUAGCAUACAAAGCAAAGUAUGGCGAUGAAUAACAGCGGCAUAUACGAUACGUCUAAACGCGUUUUUAGACUAGUCUGUCAACAGACGCGUACGCGUACUGGACAAGCGCAUGGUACAACAUGUAGGCUGCGAUGUCCCCCCUAUCUUCGAGCUUCACUGUUUAAGGAGAAGUUGCUAUCCAAUCACAUCUCUAUGUUAAUGGUCUAACUUAGAUAGUAAAGCUUCUAGUUUGUGAAUUCUUUUUCUUACUGUAGAGGGGUGAUAUUUGUUACAUUUCCACAGGAUGACGAUGGCGAAGUCUCUCUCAAGGAUAAUAAUAUUUAUAUACAAAAACUGAGAAGAGCGCACGAGGAAUAUAUGGAAAAAUCAGACAACUAUGAAAAGAUACAUAAUGAAUGUGUUGAGCUAGAACAGGUCAGGAAUUAUAGUUUCCUUUGAGGGAGAAUGCACUCUACUGUUUUUUUUUUUUUUCGCGCGAAUUUAGUCUUGCAAAUCGAUGUUCCACUCGCAUCCAUCUUGAUGCCAUGCGAUUUUCAUCUAGAAGUGUCAGCCAUCUCCUUCCCCAAUCCCCUGAGGAGAGCAUAGGCGAAGGAGUGGGCUGACAACUCAACCUACGCAAAAACACCGGGCCAUCUCGCUCCUUCUUUUUUUUUUUUCAUGGUAGUCAACAUUUUCGCUUAUCGAUCAAGGAGGCGCUUUGAACUCUGCGAGUGAUCGAAGCGCGCGAGCAUGAGUUAUAUUACGACUGGUAGCACAACAUGGUUUGAAUCGCCAAAGAAAACUUUGGACAUGUGAAAACGAUUAUGUGGAUGGUACAAACUUUCCGCAAACCAAAAUCUUUGUUGAUAAUGCAUGGAGGGUUUAAAAUUCGAUGACAUCCAUGUGUGGGUGGUGGUAUUCAGAGUGUAUUGACCACGUAACCAGUCGAAGGAUGCGGCCAUAAAUUCGGAAGUUUGUCAAAUCAUUUAGGAAAUAGUUUAAUUUGAUAUUAUGGAAGAACAUCGCCUACAGUCAGGGGUGUUUCUCUUAACUUAUUCGUUGGCUCAUCUUAUUUACAGAAAAUUACCGACUAUCAUGAAGAACUUGAUGCGCAACGUGAAAUCAUGAAGAUGAUCGAGGAUCAAAUGGUACUUCACGAGUCUUACCAUAAGGAAGCUCCGCCACAAAAUAGGACAAUGUGAGUAAACAGUGUGUGUAUGUAGUUUAAGUAACAGAGGUUAAAAACUGUGAUGACAUACCCUUACACCGAAGCUACUUUCGACUUAGCUCAAGCUUCGACUUCUUGGUCGAUUGCGAUUCACAGUUACUUUUCUUUUCAGACUUCGCCAGAACUUUGAUUUAUUAAAGCAUAAGAAGCUUGAAGCAAGGGGAAUUGUGAUCACACUCGAAAAGGAACUUACAAACAUUACCGAAAAAACACGCGUUCUGAACAAGCGCAUGAACAGCAUCAAGCCAGACAUCAUCAAGCUACAGAGAAGCAAGCAACAAUACUACUUGUAAGUUGAACAUCAUCCCUUUCCUCUUUUUUUUUUUAGUGUUCUUUUUAGAUAUCCUAUCGUUAAGCGGUAGCGUGACUCAAAGAUAUUUCAUUUGUAGUGUCCUCACAACUGAAUGGAAAAUGGAUGUGGAGAGGUUGAAACUAGCGAUUGGCGAAGAGUGAGUAAAGCUUUUGUUCAAUCAGAUUCGUUUUUGUUAUUGCUCUUCUGCUCUCACUUCCUGAAGAGACUCAUCUAGGUAGCUGGCAUGAUAUACAAAUCACUCUGCUAUUUGCUAGCACUUCAUAGUAAUAUUUUAAGACAAUAGUAAUAAGAAGAAACACCAGGAGAGACUAACUGAACAUAAAACAAACUAAGAUUAUUCAGUUGUUUGUGUUAAUUAACUUCAUAUUAUUUCUAUUUUCUCCUCAUAGAGGAAGUGAGAGGAGGUAAGUACUUAAGUUUGUUUGAUCAAAAUGUCAGUUUAUUUUUCAUUUUUUAUUUUUCCCCUCUCCUUCCCCUCCUCCACCCUUCCCUUCCUCCCUCCUUCUCUUCCUCUCUCCUUCCUUUCCUCCCUCCUUCCUUUACUCCCUCCUUCCCUUUCUCCCUCCUUCUCUUCCUCCCUCCUUCCCUCCCUCCCUCCUUCCCUUCCUCCCUCCCGUUCCUCCCUCCUUCUCUUUCUCCCUUCUUCUCUUCCUCCCUCCUUCCUUUUCUCCCUCCUUCUCUUCCUCCCUCCUUCCAUCCCUCCCUCCUUCCCUUCCUCCCUCCCGUUCCUCCCUCCUUCUCUUUCUCCCUUCUUCUCUUCCUCCCUCCUUCUCUUUCUCCCUUCUUCUCUUCCUCCCUUCUUCUCUUCCUCCCUUCUUCUCUUCCUCCCUCCUUCCAUCCCUCCCUCCUUCCCUUCCUCCCUCCCGUUCUUCCCUCCUUCUCUUCCUCCCUCCUUCUCUUCCUCCCUCCUUCCAUUCCUCCCUCCUUCCCUUCCUCCCUCCUUCUCUUCCUCCCUCCUUCUCUUCCUCCCUCCUUCUCUUCCUCCCUCCUUCCCUUCCUCCCUCCUUCUCUUCCUCCCUCCUUCUCUUCCUCCCUCCUUCUCUUCCUCCCUCCUUCUCUUCCUCCCUCCUUCUCUUCCUCCCUUCUUCCCUUUCUCCCUCCUUUCCCUCCUCUCCUCUGUUGUGUCACGUUUUGUGCGGUUUUCUGUAUGUUCCUGCUUAAACGUGCAUAGUUAAGAUGGCAGCAUUUUGCCUGACACGAUUUUUAUUCUCUAAACAGUGGACAGGUAAAUGGCAACCCUGAAGAAGACAUUUACGAUAUGUAAGUUAUGAUUGACGUUUUUUUGUUUGAUACUUAAUGCACUAAAUUAGGGUCGGGUGUCAUAGCAACGAUCAGUUUUUACCUGCAGCUAUAGGAGGAUCAGAGUAAGCCUGGUUUUCAUUUGUUGGGGAAAUUCCAGACGAUCGACGAUUUCAUUGUUUCCCGAACGUCGUAGAUUUUGCCGAUAUAUCGACAGACGUCUGUCUUAGAUUCUUCUGCAUGCAAUUUUAUUAGUGGCUCGGGGUCCUGUAGCUAAGCAACUAGGGACUGGUGGCGAGCUAUCAAAAAAUUCAAUGAAAAUUGAAGUUUUCAUAUAUCGUGGAUAUCGCCGAAUUCUAGGACGCAUCGGAAAUGAUAUAAACGUUCCCGAUUUUUCGCCGAAUCUCAACGAUUUCGAAUUUUCAUUUGUCGGAAAAAUCUGGGACUGGAAAAUAGUGAAAAUGCCGAUCAUCGGGGAUUUUCUUGACGUGUGAAAGCUAGGUUUUAUUAAUUAGGUUUCAACUGCUGACAAACCAGUUUAUUCGUCAGUAUUCUGAGUACAAUCAUAUCUCGUUGUCAGUUGCGUAGAUUGUAUGGUUUGGAGGAAUGUGAGAAUAAUACUCAGCUUGAGUUACCUGACAGCACAGCUUUAGAUGAUGUUUUCUGUAUGAAUAUUUUCCAUUUUUCUCAAACUUGGCUCGUGACCGGUAAACCUAUUUAAUCGUUUAUGUCAUUGGCAUUGAGUUCGCACUGAGUUCGAAUGGGAAAUCAUUUUGGAAAGAAUAAUCUGCUUGAGUUUCCAAAAACUGGGAACGAAUUAGAUAAUAAAAUGUGACUUUUCCCUCAUAACCUUGGACUGAAACAAUAAUUGAUUAUAAACCGUUAUUGUUUUGGUUUUUAGGCCUCAAGUAGACAUUUCUGAAGAACAAUGGUUACAUGGAACUCUAACCAGGUAUGAAGAGUUCACUGAUUUAAAAGCUGCCCAUGGGACUUCUUGUGUCGCUAAUGUGUUUCAGUCGAUAGUUGUUUUACUUUUACCAGUAAAUUUGGCAGACAAUACCGGUACGCCUUAUGGUUGAAAUUUAAAGGUACUUAGUAGUAGUUAUUUGUAAGCGGGUGUUUCUCUGUACACGCUGAGACUGGUAUAUGAACAAUAAUGUAAAAUUCCCAUGAAGGUCAGCUGAGUUCUCUCGAUUUUCCGGCUUUUUACUGUAAUUUCCAGGUUUGUUAGACUUCUCAUUCUAUUGGGGGCGGCCAUUUUAUGAGAGCUUUUAUGAGAGCAAUAGUGAUCACUUGGCUAAGGACACGUUUAUCAUUUAAGAUCUUCAGAUCAGUGCAUAUGAGUAUCAUAGGCUCCAGAACGCCAUUUCUUAACGCAAUUGAAUCUUAAAAUGGCUUUAGAUUAAAUGGUAACUCUGCAGGAAUUUGUCUGAUUCAUUUCCGCCUCCCUUCUUAUCCGAUGUUUUAUCGUGAGUUUUAAGAAGGUUUGUUUUUUGAAACGCGCCUUGCACUUAGGUCGUAGAUCACGUUUCGCACUCACAGUCAUGGACAGCUUUUGAACGAUUUUUAAGCGUUGUAUGUUAUUAUGGAAUUGAUUUUCGCUUUAGGAGAUGAUCGCAUCUUAACCUCUUAUAGUCUAUAGCAAACAUUAUUUUAUUGCGUUUCGAGCCUUUGUACCGGGAUGGAUAUGAAAUAUGUCAAUAAAGUUUUUAUUUACGGGUGCUUCCAAUCGUUUAUAAUACCACUGGAUUACUUAGGAAUAUAUUUGAUUUUCGUUUUGCUCUUCAGGGAAGAAGCAGAAUCACUUUUAAUAGACAAAGAAGAAGGUACUUUCCUCGUAAGGGAAAGUGCGCGAAGGCGAGGAGAGUAUGCUGUGGGUCUUAAGUAAGUUAACUUAACGCAAGUACCCAACAGGCAAUGAAAGGCUUGCACUUUGUUUUCUUUUGCCGUGUGUUUAAAUGCGGUAAAGGUACGGAAAAUUUAGUCGACAAACAUGGUUCUAAUCUUUCUUUCGGUGGUUUGCUCCUCGUCCUCGAUUUGAAGAGGCAUUUCCAUUCUCCAUGCGGCAUUCUACGCAAUUCUUUUCAUGCAUCAGAAACAAGCAGACGUUCCUAUUGCGAAGUGAUGCAUACUUGCUCAGAAAGAGGGCGUUCUUUGCUGAGACUAUUUUCCUAAAGCGUACUGUAAAUCAGUAAAAAGAAAAACUCCAGAAUCAUAUCUCCCUUCGAAAACGAAAACAUGCAAAAGUUCCGGUUGUUUGGAGUCUGACUCACAGAACUGACUAAGAAAACUAAGGGAAGUCUUGAAUCCCAAGCCGUCAAUUUGGAAUCCCAAGCCGUCAAAGUUUGCCGUCGGUUGUAGAUUGUUUGAAUUAAUGAAUGAUCUUAUUGGGAGAGAUUACUUUUACGGAGAAUUCUUGAUCGAAUUAAUGAAACAAAUAUUUGACUCUGCUUCCCAUGUAAGACUUCAUGGCUCAUAUAAGUAAAUGUUGAUGUUAUCAAUGUUCUUUGUUUCAGGCACGGAGGUGAAGUCAAACACAUAGCAGUAAACAGAGGCCCAGGGGGAUAUGGUUUUGCAAAUUACACCAAUUACCCAACUUUAAAGGACUUGGUAGAAUAUUACCAUGUGAACACUCUUCAGAUUCAUAACCCUGGAUUGGAUACAACCCUUAAAUUUCCUCUCAAGAGCACACCUCUAAAUAACUCCUAGAUCUCUCAAAAGAAACUUUUUGAUUUAUAACCCUGGAUUAGAUACAAACCUUAAAUUUCCCCUCAAGGGUGCGCUGCUAAAUAACUCUUAGAUUUCUCAAAAGAAACUUUUUGCUUAUAUCAGACUUUGCUAAGGAUUUGAUAAAGGCAAACUUCGCAGGGAAAGGUAUAUCGUAGUUAUAUCUUCCAAAGGUAUAUCGUAGUUAUUGUUCUUAGUUAGUUGUGUCCUUUUUCUUGCCUAUAAACUUCAAUGUUACUCUAUUUACCUCAAACACGGGGAUUACAACUGUAAUUUUUUUAACAAAAAUUAUUUUGACAAGACAUAGUUUUAGUUCACCACCUUGUAGCGUCAAUUUGUAUUGCAAUCUUGGUAUAGCCGACAACAUGUUUUUCUCUCGGAAAUUGUAUCGUCCUCGUUUUUGUUUUAACCCUUUAACUUGAGUGACCAAGACAGAAUUUCUCCUUACAAUAUCAACACAGAAUCAAGCAAACAAAUGAGGAGAAUAAAGAAGAAAACUCAAUUAGGGGACUACAAGUUGAUCCAAUACUAAAUUCUCUAAAUUGAAAUCAUAAAUAUUUUAUGUUAGACAGUAGGGAGAAUUACUCAUGAGAUCUCGGGUGUUAAAGGGUUAAAGGGUGAACAGUGCGAAAGUAUCAAUAGCUUAGGUUCAAAAGACACUUUUCUAAUUUUAACGUUUGCGUGCUGCAUUCCUAUCGAAUUUAGUUCCGAAAGGUAAUUCGUAAAAUUAUUUUUUUUCAGGAUCGUAAAUAGCAGUGUGUCAUUUUAAAUUAUUGAUCCUCACGCUUUGCGUCGAACAGGGCAUUUAUAAUUAUAUAAGAAAAAAUUUUUUGAUAGGUAUUUUCUUGUCUAUAACUACAUUUAGCCUAAAAUUUUUAGACAUGAACAAAGGGUACUUAAAGUUAAAUGUUCUAUUUGUCGUUUUUUUAUUUGCCUUCUUUCUGAACAAGUCCUUCAUUCUUUGCCCCAAAUUGUGAAAUGGCAAUACUUGAUUAUCAAGCAUACUCUUCGUCUCUUUAAUUUUUACUUUUAUAAGUUUCCCUUGUUGUCGACUUUUGUUUGUCAGACUUAACCAGGGGUGGGGAAGAAAAAUUGACCCAAAUUGUAGUCUAGGUUGAUAUAGAUAUUCAAGGCUUGCGUUAGUUAGGAAGAUGUCAAUGUUUCUGGUAGUUUAAUUUUGAUCAAUUUCGUCUGCUUUGAAAAUUUUUGAUAUUUUGCAUCGUCUUGAACAGUUAUUACUCUACUUCGUCAGGCUUUUAUCGCUAUCUUUUGUAAUGGAAGAUCCUGACUGUGUGGUACUUGUUAGAUCAAGUAAAAAACAAGGGUCAAUUCUGGGAGUAAGAAUAAAUUAUUGUUUUCAC